GCGUUUGGAGUCUGCAGAUUCUUCGGUCAUUACUAAAAUCAGUUGGUUAUGCCGGCAUUUUCACAGAACAAUAUGUACGGAAACCAAAUUAAAAAACGGAACUGAGACCUAAAACAGAGCCAGCUUGCAACAACUGCGUAAUUAAUCAUCUCAUUAAAUUAGCUACCAUCAAAAACAUCAAGAGUGGCGGCACUACGUAACCCGUCCAUGUGGAUUAUAGCUUAACAAAAAUCACAAUGGCAUCUGCGGAGAAGGCGGCCCAAAAUGCCGCAGCAUCACGUGCUGAACAACUUCGACGCAAGAUCGAGAAAAAAAGGAAACUUGAAAAGGAUUCACUCCGCGCUGUAGAGGCUUUGCUUGAAAGAGAUAUUUCCGAAGCUUACUUUGUUGAACAAUGUCGAAUGUUAUGGCAACAAGGCUAUCAAGAUUGCACUGAAGAGCGGGCACUCGGCCUCCUUUGUGGGUACCCACUAUGCGACAACCCGGUAUCGCCACCAAGCAAAAAAUGUCCUCAGUACAAAAUCUGCAUACGUACGAAUAAGGUUUUCAAAAUGGAAAGCCGGCGGUUGUUUUGCAGUGCAUGGUGCUAUAAGGCUUCCGAAUGGAUCAAACGCCAACUGAGCGAGGUUCCCCAUUGGCUGAUAGAAGAGCCAUAUAACAAGCCACUUGACAUACUUAAAAAUGAGAACUUACAAAUAAGGGGGGACAUCAAAAAUGAACAAACAGACAGUUACAUCGCGAAAGCAAAUCUUCAUAUUCGUGCUGCCGGACAUGAACUCGACGUUAAUCCAGACUGUGUAAUCUCAUCGCCGAGGAGGGUUACCUUUGAGGAGUUUGAGCUCGAUAAAUGUGUGGACACCCUAGAAAACGUGGCCAUCGAAAAGAAACGUUCCCAUGCCCUGUCAUGGCCGCAAGCCUCAAUAAUACAACCCGUAAUGAGACUGCGAGAGAAUUCUGUUAGCCCAAAACCUCCGUCACAAGCAGCCUGCGAACAUCAACUGAUCAUGGGCGCAAGCAGAUUGGAAGCUCUCCUUUGCGAGUGGAUUACCAUCUCUACACUACACUACAUAGUAGGCCAAGAUCGAUUUCUCGAGCUGCGUGCGAAAUUUGACAAAGGCAAAAGCAAGCCUAUUUCCAUUGAGCAUGAAGAGUACUUACUGAAGUAUGAGAGGCUCUGUCGUUUUCUCGACGAGCAAGACAGGCUCGAAGGCAUAACAUACGAUGACGGAGACUACAGUAAUACAACAAAAAAAUCUGUAAAGGCGAUUCAAAGGAAACCUCGACGAGGGCCUUCGAAGAAGGCUAUAGAAUUGCCAGAUAGCAGUCCCAUUAUCACCGGAGACAGAACUACUGUCUCAGCCACUGUUGUCGGAGCCACCAAUCCAACGGUAGCAUCAACAAUCGACAACGAAAAUGCAAAAACUACCGUUUCUACAGAUAUAGCGGAACCCGUGCUCCCCCCGGUAGAUAAACAUCAGCGCCACGCUGCUCGGAAGCAGAUUCUGUUUGCUCGCUUAAGACCCAUUGCAGACAGGCUUGCCACUCAUUUGCCAGUGCCACCACUGCAGAUGUCACAAGCUCUUUCGGAGCUCAUCGACACAUUUAACUUGACAAAGGAUAAUUGCAUGGUACAAUCUAAAGAGGCACUAGUUGUAUUCUUAGUUAUGUUGAUGCUCAUCGAUCGGCGUUCCGGGGGUGAAGGCACAGUGCCAAAAGCUGUCAAAGAACUCCUAACAGUGGCGCUAAAUGAGAUCAACCUGUCCUGGGGUGACCUAAAAGUGGCACUAAGUAGAGCCACCGAUCCUGAAAGGUUAUUCAAUUGAAAAUGAAGUUGUAGUCGAACUUACAGAUACGUCACUUUACCUGGAGAUCCCAAUGAAUCAUUUUUGCACUAGAAAGGAGGACUCUAUCCUAUAGGGCGUGGAUAGGAGGCGGCUAUUGCAAUUAGGUAGGUUAGCUAACGAAUCGAAUAAAUUAGAUAAAACUAUAGAAAGCUUUGCAAACUAAAUGAUUGCUUUUUCGAGAAUUUUCUUUGGAGCAUCUAUUUAACAAUUUAAUACAAAUCAAAGUAUGUAUUGUGCUGCGUAGUAUCUGUUGAACACAUUGUGAUAGUACAUACAAUGUAUGUGCGGUAAAUCUUUAAUGUAAAUGUAAAAAAACUUCAAUGUAAAAAAAAACUGCUUAUGUGAACUUGUUGCUUUCAGAUCAAAUAAAUAGCGUGUUGCAGUCAAUAACCCUAUACUCCGGUUUUCGUAGAUUCUAAUUCAGUGAGUACUUAUUUUAGUUACUCGAAUCGGAUAAGUGUGGCACUAACAAACAAGUAUAACGAAUUCUGCUAUCGGAAAACACUGAAACAACCGUCAUCUAAAAACGUACACAGUCGAAAACUACAUACGAUAUCGAAACUCUAUGUAAACAGAUAAAGUUAAUUUUUAUUGAAAGUUAGGACUACAUCCCCAUGGUAUGAGCCCUUCUUAACUAUACAUCAAGCCUACACUAGUAAACUAGUAUUAUAGUUCCCGAUAUGCUCUUUCUGGAAACACCGUUCCCAAAUUCAAUGUUACACAUCGCAAACAAGCUAACGUAAGACGUAGUGAACUUUAAUACAUUAGCUCAACAUUAAUACAACACUAAUACAAUAUUUAGGCAAUUCAACAAAAUGUACUACGUAAACUAAGGUUUAAUUUAAAAGCAUCCGCGCGUCAGUUUCUAUGCCAACAAAUAACAAGGACACCACAACAAAAAAGCUUUUAAACUGUUGAUGUAAUGUGAAUGCCUACUUGCAAUUUCAUGACAUACAUAUUUAAAAAUGUACAUGAUGCUCCUGUUUGAACUAAGCGGACUCUCAAUUUAAAGAAACAUGGUAGCGUAUACGAAACGUAUACCAGUUACGUGGGCGCCUUCUAUGUACCAUAUAUAGACUGUAUAGGAAAGUGCGUAUGUUUAAAGAAAGAGGAACGUUAAUAACUGCGCCUAGGCCAGGCAGCAAGAAUCGCCUCCGACUCAGAACCAUAUAAAGAUUAGCAUGAAGUUAUAUAGUAUAAAGGUGUUCAUACUAUCACAGUACUGUACGCUUCC